GGGUUGGUUGCUGGAAGCUUGGUGUGCUAAAUCACAGCCCCAUUUAACUGUUGGAUAUUCAUAAAACCAAGACAUUGCAUAUCUUACUUAUAGGACUUAAAUAGGAUUGCAGAUAUUGUGGUGAUGGACGUACUAUUCAUAGCCACACAUACUAAUAUCACUUUCCAGUCAACUUGAUAACUACUAUAUGUACCUACCUACUAACCACAAGGUACCUAGGUAUAUAUUGGAAUACUGUGGAGGAAAAGAGCGUAUUUCUCCUCUUCCUAGCCAGUAGUGGUUGGCCAAGGAAGCAUGACAUCAGUCUUCUCCAUUUAAUCCACGUUCAACUCUCCCUUUCUUCCAUCAUCUUGGAUCGCCAAUAUCAGAUUAUCACUCGUUAUUCUUACACAAGAGACAAAAGCGUCUUCAGUUCACAUGCCUAUUGGACAUUGACUUGGUACCACAUUGAUGCGGAAAACCGCCGUAUACUGCAAAUUAUCAUACUAUACACGAUAAUGGCUCUGAAAGAUGAUGUCGAGGCUAAGCCUGCUUGUCAUCCUCGUGCAUGUGCAAUUCAAAACUGCCUUACCAGCAAUGGCUACAACGAAGCCAAGUGCCAAACCGCAAUCAAGCGGCUUUACGAAUGCUGUGAAGCUUUUUACGAACGCUACGGUGAAGAUGCGUCUACUGUGAGCUGCCCGAAGCCCAAUCUGCUCAAGCUCAAAAUGAAGCAACUUCGGGAGGAAGCAAAAUGAUCUGUAACGCUCGUCUUUGGUGUGUCCGCCGGUUUGGGAAACGCUGGCAACUUGAAUGAUGAGCGCCGAAUUUCUUCUAGGCGAUCGUUGAGCACGCGAGAGGCCUCAUGGACCUGAACAAGCAUUGAGGGCCUGUUCCGAGACUCUAAUACGAAUGCCGAUGACAUUAUGAUAGAGAAGAAGAGAAAAGAAAAUUAAAUUUCCUGUUUGGUGGAGACGUACUUGAACUAGGACAGUGUCGAGUGCGAACUCACCUGAUAAUGCACUGUACAUUAUGCGCGCGUGCAAUCGCGGCUGUUUUCUCUUUAGCGCAAAAAUCCGUAGCUUGCUCAAAAG